GACUCAUAAACACACAGACUUUACACUGACAUUCUAAAGAAGCUGAGACACAGCUUAGGUGGACAUUUACGUGCUGGUGGUGUAUUCAGGUAGCUUUUACCUGCUGGUGGUGUAUUCAGGUGGCUUUUACCUGCUGGUGGUGUAUUCAGGUGGAUAUUUACCUGCUGGUGAUGCAUUCAGGUGGAUAUUUACCUGCUGGUGGUGUAUUCAGGUGGCUUUUACCAGCUGGUGGUGUAUUCAGGUAAAUAUUUACCUGCUGGUGGUGUAUUCAGGUGGCUUUUACCUGCUGGUGGUGUAUUCAGGUGGCUUUUACCUGCUGAUUGUGUAUUCAGGUGGAUAUUUACCUGCUGGUGGUGUAUUCAGGUGGGUGUUACCUGCUGGUGGUGUAUUCAGGUGGAUAUUUACCUGCUGGUGGUGUAUUCAGGUGGGUGUUACCUGCUGGUGGUGUAUUCAGGUGGAUCUUACCUGUUGAACCUUACCCCAAGAGAGAAGUCACUCCAUUCGGCACUCUGAUCUACGCUCUUUCUAUCACAUUGGACUUUGUGCACAAUAUACUAGUACAUUUGUCAGAGACAGUGAAUCCGACCUAAACCCCCAGAGAGCAAGCAGAGAUGACAGAGGCAAGGGAUAGGUAGAUACUCAAAAGAGACUGGUAGAAACCUUGAGAGGUACCAGACUGCAGCGACCAACUGGACCAAUGGUCUCUAGAUUUUUGGAAAUGGCGCUGUGGAGACGGACAAAGGCUGGCAAUGAGGAGUGUAACCGCGCUGUCCUGGUCGCAGUGUCGAACUUUGACCACGGUGUACCACUGUGCAGGAGGCCGGGGGCAGAGAAAGACGCCAAAAGACUCCACCGUACACUGACCAGACUGGGAUACAGAGUGGACAUACACACUGACCUCACCUCUCAUGAGAUGUACACACUCUUCAAGACAGAGAGCGAGCGGCCGGUGAAGGAGUGUUUCCUGGCAGUGCUGUCGUCUCACGGGGAGGAGGGCUGUGUGUUCGGGGCGGACGGAAGGCCGGUUAGACUGUCCCACAUCUUCUCCUGCUUCAACAACUCACACAUGGAGGGAAAGACCAAAAUGUUCUUUAUCCAGGCGUGCCGUGGGGGUGAGCUGGAUGAUGGGGUGACAGUGGAGACGGAUUCAGCAGGAAGUGAUGUCACUGAGGACACUCUGUCUCAGUACCUGUCCAUCCCCAUGGAUACAGCGGUGAUGUACGCCACCACGCCAGGUUACGGGGCCUUCAUGCACCCUCUGGGGGCUGUCUUCCUCCAGACACUCUGCAUCCUAUUGGAGGAGGAAGGGGGCAGGGCCUUGGAGCUGACACGCCUCCUGACACGCCUCUCCCACCGUGUAGCCUUUGGCUUCCAGGCCAAAGGUCGUCUACUGGGGGGGAAGAAGGAAAUGCCUUGCUUCGUAUCGCGACUGACCAGAGAGGUGUUCCCAUUCGCCGAGCGCGGGAAGGAGGGCGGGGCCAAUGGGCUUUCUGCAACGACAUUGGUCAACCCAGAGUACAACAGACCUCGCAAACCAUCUAUAAGCUAAACCCAAAGUCUUUGUGAGAUCUAAAGACACUUGUCGCUCACAGAUUGAUAGGGUAGACUUGCUCUGUCAGCUACAUUAGUACAGAUGAUUUUCAAUGUGUUGUUAGCCAGAGGGUUGUGAGUUCGUGCAAAGGUUGGGACAGAAUUUCCACUCUGUUACUUGUGUGCAUGUUCGUGUGCAUAAUAGAAACAGAACAUUGUGAAGAUCAGAUAUCUGGAUAAAGGAACAGAUCUGGAGGUGUUGAUGGUUUCACCACAGAGUAGAUGAUUAUGGCGUCUUCCUUUACAGACAACUGAUGCAUCUUCAAAUAUUAUAGAUAAUGAACGGUAUACUAUGUUACUUGAGUCUAUUUCUUUAAUUCAAAUGGCAACCUAUGGCUAAGCUUCUGCUUCUAUUUGAAACCAUUAAAUGUAAGUUGAACACGCAUGCUCAAUGUUGAGUGUGUUAAAAACGACUUUGCGUGUGACAAUAUCUUUUUUCAUUCAUUGCUUUGAUAAAUAUAAUGUUCAAGGUGUUUUUAGUAUUUUAACUGAGACAAUACAUGACUGUAUUCCUAAGUUGUAGCGCUCUGACUGGUACAGUGAGAUGGAGAGUAAGUUGAAGAAGACACAGCUUCACCAGUCCAGGUAGACUAAAAGAUUAAAGUCACACUAUAGUCUCCUUUUCAUCUCAUUUACUUAAACAAAAGAAACAUCUCAAUAAGUGGCCCAGGUAUCCUCAUGACAUGGCACAAGUGGGGUUCUCUAUUUCUCAACUAUUGUUCCCGCAAGUAUGGGUGAGUCCAUCAGACCAACUCCUUGAAUGGCUGACUCCAAGAAGUUUGAACUUGUGUAAUUUUUUGUUGUUGCUAAAAACGUGUUAUUUUUUACCCUUAAGUGCGUGUAUAUUACUGUAUAAGUGGGAUAUUGUUUUUCCAACUGUAAAAGUAAAAAGAUUGCUGGA